CAAAAUCACACUGAGAAUUGUCAGCUUUUGACAGCUUAAAGUUCGCGAGCAAGGUGAAAAGUUGAACAAUUGUUUACACUGUUUCAGUAAAUUAGAAUUUCGUAAAAUUUGCAUAAAUUUGCAACAAACGCGGGUCAACGAAAGUGAAAGAUUAAUUGCAAUUUGUGUAAAGCGAGGUCAACACAAGGUAAACUAGUUCAGCACAAUACGUUAAGUAAACAAAAGGGUUUGUAUUUAUUUACUCGCACAACUACAACUACAACAAAAACAAGCCAGUAGUAGAUGCAUGACUGCAGCAGCAACAGCAACAACAAAACAAUCUUCAAUCUUAAUCGGAAAACAAACAGAAGAACAAUGCAAAGCAAAUAGUAACAAACAGCAGCAGCAACAACAACAACAACGAUCCUUCCAAUACAUAGCAACUAGCGGGUAAAAGAAAAAACACCCAAAAAGAGAAAAAAGUACAACGCUCAAAGCAACAACAAUAAUAACAACAACAACAUAGCAACGCAACAAUCGCACAACAACGACAAGUCAAUUGCAAGGACUUCCUAACAACAACAACAAAAACACAUAAAAAAUAGUAGAAAAUUCGAAAUACAACAACAAAAGCACUGUGAAAACCAGUAGCAACAGUGGUACAACGACAACAACACGGAUGCGAAAAGGAACAAUAACUUGCAGCUAAUAGAGGCAACGCCGGAGACGACGAAACGAAAGCAGUGAAAGCAACUAGUUAACUAGGACACACCUGUUGCCUGCACAGCUUUCUCGCGCCUUCAAUCGCUGAAGUUGCCACAUUGCGUUCAACCACCACUCAACACACUCAGCCGACAUUUGACAAUAACAUUUGAGGUUAACAUUUUUUCGCGUACAUCACAUCAUCCGUCAGCCCGUCAGCUUUAAGCCCAUUACAGGCAAACCGGAAUUGAUAACUGUGUCUUGGACGUUCUUACUGCCAUUGCAACGCACUCUUCGCUUUGUCGAGUAUUGGUAAGCCAUUAGUCGUCGUCAUUCAUCGAAAUGGGUCGCAAAAUCACUGUCGCCGUGUCGACGCUCAACCAGUGGGCGCUUGACUUUGAAGGCAAUUUGGCGCGUAUACUGCAGUCCAUACUGGAGGCGAAGGAUAUGGGCGCUUGCUAUCGCACCGGUCCGGAAUUGGAAAUAACUGGUUACAGCUGCGAGGAUCACUUCUUCGAGCCCGACACAUUUCUGCACUCGUGGGAAGUGUUGCUGGAGAUAAUGCUGUCGCCGCUGUGCGAAAAUAUGCUUAUCGAUGUUGGUAUGCCGGUUAUGCAUCGCAAUGUUGCCUACAAUUGUCGUGUUGCCUUUUUCAACCGUCAGAUAUUGCUGAUACGCCCUAAAAUGGCAAUGGCUGAUGAUGACAACUAUAGAGAAUCACGUUGGUUCACUUCGUGGACAAAGUCUCUUCAAACGGAGGAGCAUUACUUGCCACGCAUGAUUUCUCAACACACUGGGCAGACGUCGGUGCCAUUCGGUGAUGCCGUUAUCGCUACUAAGGACACUUGCAUCGGCUAUGAGAUUUGCGAGGAAUUAUGGAAUGUUCGCAGCAAACAUAUCGAUAUGUCACUCUCGGGUGUGGAGAUCAUUGUCAAUGGCUCGGGAUCCUACAUGGAACUGCGUAAGGCGCACAUUAGCACCGAUCUGAUACGCAAUGCCAGCUUCAAGGCGGGCGGCGCUUAUCUCUUCAGCAAUUUGCGCGGUUGCGAUGGACAACGUGUCUACUUCAAUGGAUGCUCGGCGAUAGCAAUGAAUGGUGAAAUUGUGGCGCGUAGCAAGCAAUUUGCGCUGCAGGAUGUGGAAGUAACUUUAGCCACCAUCGAUUUGGAGGAGAUCCGCUCGUACCGCGUGUCGCAACGUUCACGCUGCACAUUCUCCGCCUCGGCGCCCAACUAUCCGCGCAUCAAUUGCGACUUUGAGAUGUCAACACAUAACGACAUUUUCAAGAGCUCAUCCACGCCCAUGCAAUGGAUUUAUCAUACACCCGAAGAGGAAAUUGCUAUGGGUCCCGCCUGUUGGUUGUGGGACUAUCUACGCCGCUCGGGUCAGGGUGGUUUCUUUUUGCCGCUCAGCGGUGGCGUCGACUCCAGCAGCUCUGCCACUAUUGUCUACUCCAUGUGUCGCAUGAUCGUGAAUGCCGUACAAGGCGGUGAUGCGCAAGUGCUACACGAUAUACGUAAGAUCUUAGCUGACGCCGAAUACACACCGGACAAUCCGGCAACGCUGUGUAAUCGUCUGCUGGUCACAUGCUUUAUGGGCAGCGUGAACUCCAGCAAGGAGACACGUCGUCGCGCUACGCAAUUAGCCAGUCAAUUGGGCAGCUAUCACAUCGAAAUCAGCAUCGACACUGCCGUUAAUGCGCUGUUGGGUAUCUUCAACGCGGUCACCGGUCUCUCGCCACGUUUUCGUACUCAAGGCGGUUGUGCGCGUCAAAAUCUGGCGCUGCAGAAUAUACAAUCACGCAUACGCAUGGUCUUGGCGUACAUGUUUGCGCAGCUGAUGCUGUGGGUGCGCAAUCGCCCCGGCGGAUUGCUGGUGCUCGGCUCGGCGAAUGUCGACGAAGCGCUGCGUGGUUAUAUGACAAAGUAUGAUUGCUCGUCGGCCGACGUGAAUCUCAUUGGUGGUAUCUCGAAAACCGACUUGCGCCGUUUCCUCAACUACGCGAAAGAGAAGUUCAAUUUAACCGUUUUGGAGUCAAUUAUCGAAGCACCACCCACAGCCGAAUUGGAGCCGCUGCAGGAUGGUCAGCUCGUACAAACCGACGAACAGGACAUGGGCAUGACCUACGCAGAGCUCAGCGAGUAUGGUCGCUUGCGCAAACAGGCGAGCUGUGGGCCAUACAGCAUGUUUUGUAAGUUGGUCGCGACUUGGCGCGCCGACAUGAGUCCGAAGGAGGUCGCCGAUAAAGUGAAGCACUUCUUCCGUUGCUACGCCAUCAAUCGUCAUAAAAUGACUGUCCUAACCCCAUCGGUGCACGCCGAAAGCUACAGUCCGGAUGACAAUCGCUUUGAUCAUCGCCCUUUCUUGUAUCGCGCCAACUGGAGCUGGCAAUUCAAGGCCAUCGACGAUGAGGUGGAGAAGCUACAACCCGGUUAUACACCCUCCGCACCGCAUACGCAUCCGAGUAGCGAUGAUCUGAUGUCACACGAGUCGCUACAUCGUUCCUCGCAUCGUUCAACACAUUUGGAAUCGAAGACCUCAUCACCGUUGUCGUGUUCUUCCAUCGACGCUGCUGGCGGCGCCGCCGGUAUUGGCGCUGGACCCAGCGGCAGUAUGGGUACUUUGGGUAAAAAGUCCAGUGGCUAUUCUAAGGUGCAUGUGAAUGUGCUCGGUAAGAUUAAGGAUCGCACUGGUAUACCGGUUUAGGACAUGUGGUUCGAGGAAUGGCGUUUCGAAGUUUGUCUCACUACGAAACUGUUGCAUCGGUAGUGGGUGUGAUGGAGUGGAGGGAAAGUUAAUUACCACAUGCUACAUACGAGUAUAUCAAUAAUAUUUUUUUGUCAAAGCUUUUAGCUUAAGUUUGCUUAAUUUCUAUAAAGUUGAAAUGCAAUUUGUUCCUUACACAUACAUACAUCUCACUAAUUUUCCUUAAUUUGUUUAUUAUGUUCCUUUAAUAUAUUUUUAUAAUUGUUCUCAAGCCAAAUUGUUGUUAUUAUGUAAGAUUUUAAGCUCUAUUUUGUUCAAAAUUUUGUUAAUUAAAAUAAGCUUUAUGUUUUCUUAAUUUCUUAAUAAAAUUUCCUUAAUAUUUUUAAGUUUUGAAAAGUGGUCCACGGUGUUAUACAUAUGUUUUAAAUUCUAUGAGCAAAACAUGGUGUACAAAUAAUCGAAAAGCUAUAUUUUUCUAGAAUUCAUUUCACUUUAAAUUUUUUGCAAUUUUUAUUAUGCUUUUAAUAAAUUUUCAUAAAAUAUUGUUUUUGGUUAUCCCUGUUUAGCCAAUAUUUGUUAUUUUGAAAAUGAAACUAAUCUUUAUAAUAAUAGAAAACAAUUUUGAGACCUCUGUAUCCAAGCUGCUUGCCUUAAAACUAUUUUGCUAAACUUAAGGAUUCACCUUUUCAUAAAUCUACUUUAAAUAACUGUUUAAAAAUUGUUUUAAUUGUUGUCCGAAAUAUAAAUUACCGUACGUUAAGCCUACAUAGUAGGUCGAGAAGUUUCUUGGUAAAAAAGUUAUUUUGUAGUGGGCUCAAGCUCAAGAAAAGCUGGUUGUUUUUAAUAGCUUUAAUUAACUACGAUUUAAUUUCAUCUUGUAUUAAUAUUGUUGUUGUUGUAGUAACUACUUAUGUAAUAUUGAAUCUAUGUCUCUAGCCUUCUUUUAAUUCUCUUUACUUCACUGUGUGCUUAGCAUUAUUGAGAAAUUAAAUAAAAGCAAUACUACUUAUUUCUGGAUCCCUAAUGGGGACUUUAAUAUUCUAAAUGUUAUGUAAAAGUAUUUUGUCUCACUAAUUGUUUUUGUUAUAACUCAAAAUUCUUGCAACAAGUCAAUAGAGUUAAAAAAUAUAUUUUUAUUUAAAUUAAAAAAAUCUGAAAAUACAAGCUUUUAAAAAAUUUGUUUAUAAAUAAUCCUAAAAUUGUUUAACUAAAUUUGGUUUUCUUAGAUUCAUUUAAAAAAAAAACCUAAUAAUUCUUAAAUGUUAAAAUUAACAGUUUAAUGGGUUAUUUAUAAAUUAUAUAAUUAUCAAAAUACUAAUUCAGGUAUACAUAAUAUUUUUUUAUACUUCGUGUUAAAAAAUAGUUUCUUGGCUUAAAUUUCCGAAAAAAAAAGAUUUUUAUAAACAAGUUUUAAAAAGUCAAGUCUAGUAGUCCUUAAUUUUUAUUUUGCAUUUCUUUUAUUGUAAUAUUAUCAAAUAAAUUUGGUUUUAAAAACCUUUGAUCUUUAAAUACUAAAUUAAAUAUUUAUAUUUUAUUACUAUUAAUAUAGCAUUAUAAAUAAUCCCAAAAUUUUGUUAAAAUUUCUCUUUAAAAUUUUAAAAUCAUUUAGACUUGCUUGUUAUUGAUGAAAUUUCCUUAAAAACUGAAAUGGAAUAAGUAAACUGUAUAUUAAGAAGAACCAGUAAACAAUUAAACUUUGUAAGCUUUAUAAGCAUAGUGCAUAUACUAUUAAAACUAUAUAUAAACACCGAUCCUUGGAAUAUUGUUAGAAAAAUAAAAUAAAAUUUACAGAAAAUUACAUUUAAUUUCUAAAAAUUGGGUGAAUUAAAAAAUUCUAAACUUUACAUUUUAUUACAAAAAAAAAAUCCAAAGCCCUUAAGCUCAGUACACAAUUUAUUUUAUAAUUAUCAACUUUUUAGCUCUCAACAUCACAUUAGUUAUAUUAUAAUGAAAACUGAAAUUGAAAAAGAAAACUAUCAACGACAUUAAUGGAAUUGUUUAAGGAAUUUAUUUUCCAACAACAAAUAAAUUUGUUUGUAAACAUUUAAGUAGAAGAAGAAGAAAAAAAAAUCAAUUAUUACAUCUUUAAAGAAUACAACAGAACUGUUAGCUUACAUAUUGUAACUCUUAAGCAUUAUUAUUGUAAAGAAAAUUCAUACAUUUAACAACAAAAAACAACAAAAACAAAUAACUAAAAUUAAAAUUAAAGUAAAAGUAAAACAACGCCUUUGUAACUAUCAAGUAGUACUAGUUCGUAGACAACGUUGAAUACCAAUAAUAAAAAGUUAACUACAUUAAACAAAUAAUUGAAAUGAAAAAUAAAAUAAAGUAUAUAAAUAAAU